AUGCAAAGUCCUCAAAACCCCCGGCCUUUCAAUCAUGCAAAGUCCUCAAAACCCCCGGCCUUUCAAUCAUGCAGAGUCCUCAAAACCCCCGGCCUUUCAAUCAUGCAGAGUCCUCAAAACCCCCGGCCUUUCAAUCAUGCAGAGUCCUCAAAACCCCCGGCCUUUCAAUCAUGCAGAGUCCUCAAAACCCCCGGCCUUUCAAUCAUGCAGAGUCCUCAAAACCCCCGGCCUUUCAAUCAUGCAGAGUCCUCAAAACCCCCGGCCUUUCAAUCAUGCAAAGUCCAUAUAACCCCCGGCCUUUCAAUCAUGCAAAGUCCUCAAAACCCCCGGCCUUUCAAUCAUGCAGAGUCCUCAAAACCCCCGGCCUUUCAAUCAUGCAGAGUCCUCAAAACCCCCGGCCUUUCAAUCAUGCAAAGUCCAUAUAACCCCCGGCCUUUCAAUCAUGCAAAGUCCUCAAAACCCCCGGCCUUUCAAUCAUGCAGAGUCCUCAAAACCCCCGGCCUUUCAAUCAUGCAGAGUCCUCAAAACCCCCGGCCUUUCAAUCAUGCAGAGUCCUCAAAACUCCCGGCCUUUCAAUCAUGCAGAGUCCUCAAAACCCCCGGCCUUUCAAUCAUGCAGAGUCCUCAAAACCCCCGGCCUUUCAAUCAUGCAGAGUCCUCAAAACCCCCGGCCUUUCAAUCAUGCAGAGUCCUCAAAACCCCCGGCCUUUCAAUCAUGCAGAGUCCUCAAAACCCCCGGCCUUUCAAUCAUGCAGAGUCCUCAAAACCCCCGGCCUUUCAAUCAUGCAGAGUCCUCAAAACCCCCGGCCUUUCAAUCAUGCAGAGUCCUUAG